CACACUUACAUGGAACUCUGUGGUGUUGAGAAUGUGACGUCCGUCUGGGCUCCAGCGCGAGGAGACUAGUCCUAUCGAGCCCUCGUCAAUCUUACAGUACCAGUCGGGCUGCUCUAGAGACCACACCUGAGAGGAGAGAUUGUGAGAGAAGGACAACUACCUUUCCCUGAGCUCAACCUGUACUCAAACCUUUGACCACACCAAAUCUGACCCAGAGACGAAAUGAAAGACUGGAGAUGGUUACCUCUGCAAAAAGUGAUCUGCCCUUCGGUGGAUUACCCUCCUGCCAAAAUGUCCCAGCCCACUGCUGCUGACGAGGGGAGCACCUUCGAGCACCUGUGGAACACCUUAGAACCGGACACCACCUACUUUGAGCUCCCCCACGGGGGUCACUCUGGGGAGAGGCAGGCUCCCUCCACCAGCACCCCCAGUAACGCUACAGAGGUCUGCAUGGACAUCUACCACAUGAGGGACAUGAACGACAACGUCAUGUCCCAGUACAACCUGUUGAGCAGCAGCAUGGAGGCGAACCUGGGGAGCCAGCGAGCGGCAUCCACCAGCCCCUACAGCUCGGGGGAGAACACGUCUGCAGUGCCGACGCCGUCCCCCUACUCGCAGCCCAACAGCACAUUUGACGGCCUGUCGCCGGCGCCAGCUAUCCCGUCAAACACCGACUACCCUGGACCCCACUGCUUCGAGGUCACCUUCCAGCAGUCCAGUACUGCCAAGUCCGCCACCUGGACGUACUCCCCACUGCUGAAGAAGCUCUACUGUCAGAUCGCCAAGACCUGUCCAAUCCAGAUCAAGCUGUCCUCGGCCCCGCCCCACGCCAGUGUCAUCCGUGCCAUGCCGGUCUACAAGAAAGCGGAGCAUGUCACUGAGGUAGUCAAACGCUGCCCCAACCACGAGCUGGGACGGGACUUCAAUGACAGCCAAGCGGCCCCAGCCAGCCACCUGAUCAGGGUGGAGGGAAACAACCUGUCCCAGUAUGUGGACGACCCCGUCACAUGCAGGCAGAGUGUCAUGUUGCCCUACGAGAACCCACAGGUGGGGACAGAGUUCACCACCAUCCUCUACAACUUCAUGUGCAACAGCAGCUGUGUGGGAGGGAUGAACAGGAGACCCAUCCUCAUCAUCAUCACCCUAGAGACACGCGAUGGUCAGGUGCUGGGACGACGGUCGUUUGAAGGGCGGAUAUGCGCCUGUCCGGGGCGAGAUCGCAAGGCAGAUGAAGACCACUUCAGGGAGCAGCAGACCAUGAGCGACAACAUGUCCAAGAACGACAACAACGCCAACAAGCGCACUUUCAAACAGACCCCUCCAAACAUUCCUAGUCCAGGCAUGAAGAGACGGCGGCAUGGUGAAGAGGAGAUUUACUAUAUGCCUGUGACUACCUUAUGGAGCUGGUUGAGAGAAUGUCAAGAGUGUGCAAAGCUGGCAUCAAGGCAACAGGUGCGCGGCAGAGAGAACUUUGACCUGCUGAUGAAGAUCAAGGACAGUCUAGAGCUGGUGGAGUUCGUACCACAGCAGCUGGUGGACUCCUACAGACAACAACAGCAACAGCUGCUUCAGAGACAGAGCCACGUAGCAUCACCGUCCUCCUAUGGAUCUCCCCUGUCCAACAUGAACAAGCUGCACGGGGGCCAUGGGAGCCACCAGUCUCAGCAAAACCCCCUCCCCAACAUGGGGCACGUGGGUCCCAACAUGCUCAACAGUCACCACAUGCAGACCAACAGUGACAUGAACGGGGGACAUGGGGGCGGCCAGUCCAUGUUGUCCACGUCGCACUGCACCCCUCCCCCUCCGUAUAACCCUGACCCCAGCCUAGUCAGCUUUCUAACCAGUCUGGGAUGCCAGAACUGCAUCGACUACUUCACAUUGCAGGGCCUGCAGAGUCUCUACCAACUCCAGACUCUGUCCAUGGAGGACCUGAGUGCUCUAAAGAUCCCAGAGCAGUUCCGCCUGGCCAUCUGGCGGGGCCUGCAGGACAUGAAGCAGGGCGGCGGGGUGGGACCUCCUCCUUCCUCCCACCAUCAAGACCACUAUGGCCAGCAGCUCCUCCGCUCCAGCAGCAACAUGGCAGCCGCCGCCAUGGCCAUCGUCCCCGGCGGUGAGCUGCAGCGCCAGCGUGUCAUGGAGGCCGUACACUUCCGUGUGCGCCACACCAUUACCAUCCCAUCCAACCGCCCGGGAGGUGGGCCACAGGCUGUCGCUGCCGCCGCUGAUGAGUGGGCCGACUUUGGCUUUGACAUGCCCGACUGCAAAGUGUCACGCAGCAACAAGAACUCCAUCAAGGAGGAGUUCAUGGAAAGUGACGUCCACUGAGAGAAAGAGGGAGAGAGGGAGAGAGAGCGAUACAGGGGGAGGGGGAGAGCGAGAUGGAGAGAACGGGACUCUAUGUUCACAGAGAGAGGGAUAGAGAAGAUGGGAGGAAGAGGAGGAGCGAGUGAGAUGACUCUUCAGUUCUGAUGUCCAUCAGGGGCCUGGUUUAGUGUCGUUUGAUUUUUUAUAUUGCUUUACAGAUUGGUUGGCUUAGGACAACCAGUAUGUAGCACAAUUUCUGUAUUGUUUUUUUGUAAGUCAGUACAGCUAAGUCAGUACAGCUUACUAAUAAGUCCGUUGACUUCGUCAUAAUUAAGUCAGUACAUUUGAGCCUGAAACCGAAAUGCUCACGAUGUCAUCGUAUGGCUAGAUUCCAUUGAACAAGCCAUCACAUACCUGUACUCAAUUAGAUCAAUAAAAUGUUCUUUUGGUGUAAAUAUGUACAUGAUGUUCUGUAAAAUGUAUUAGAUUUGUGGUCAAAUGAAAAAAAGGUUAACAUGUGUAUUUAGAUUCCUUAAGGUAUAACUGUUCAGACAGACAGAUGUAUAGAGUUUCCAUUUCAAUCAAAGUACAUACAAGAGUGUAUCAGCGUGGUCAUGAUCUUCGUACCGUGUUAAUUCCCCAUCACUCCUGUGCUAAAGCAUCAUAGUUCCAGAACAGAAGCACGCUGUUGUCUUACAUUUCAACCCCAAACCCUUUGUUUAGUUCGGUGGAGUACAUGUACCCCCUGAGUCUUGUGUCUAUAGUAGCCGAUGUAUUGGAAUGAUUUUCUCCUGUGUCACGUUGGAUAACUACCCUGGUUGUUGAUACGAUUGUAUGGAUUGACGAAGCCACCCUGUACAGUCAAUUGGCCAGGCUAAAUAGAUGCAAGUGAUGUCUCGGUUGCCUGAAACAAAGAGGGAAAGCUAACCAUCAGUAUUAGAUAGAGCCAUGCAGUUGUAGAAAAGUCACGCUCAGGUACUGUAUCUAGUGGGCAAUGCUACUGGCAGAUAAAUCACAGAGGACCCCCUUUUAGUGCCUAGUUCAUAAGGUAGGCCUUUAAGUCAGAUUGAUCGAGUUCAUUUGAGAAUAAUCAAGGCAGUGAGUGUAUAAGGACAAUCAGAUAACUGACAAUCAGCUUCCCCAAAUCGCAGACUGUGGCUUUAAUCACUUUACAAAAUGUGUAUUAAAAUGAAAUGGGUUGUUUUUAUAGAAUUCUUUAUUAGUAGUAACACACUCCCAAUAUGCUAUAAAAUCAAUUAAUUUAUAUGCAAUUCCUGAAUUUAGACCCAUGAUUCCAACCCUGCUAUACACCACCACAUGAACAAUUAAUUCAGUUGAUGCGUUUCACUAUAUUUAUUUUACAGCAAUAUCUUGUGUGGAAUUGUAUUUGAAACUGCAAAGCAAGUUAUUUGUAUAUAUAUAUAUAUAUAUAUAUAUAUAUAUACACACACACACAUCUCCCUUGAAGAUACAUAAUCACAACAUUUGAUCUAGACAGUUUUUACAUACUAAGCCUUGCCACCACUGUAUGUGUUCUUGAAUUCUCCACUGCAUGGCACUUGCUUCGAUAUUGAUUCAAACAGACAUGUUUAGUAGUUCACGUUGAUACCACACUUAACCAUGAUGCACCUGUACUUGAUGGGUUAGCGUAAAAUUAGGGUGGCACAAAAAGGAGGAUGACUCCAGUUUCAAAAUGUUGUGUGGUGUCUUAUUUUGGCCGCAGCCACUCCUCUCAAGUGCAUAGUACAUGGGGAAAAAGUACUGUGAUCAUUUUGCUAUUAUAAAAAAAGGGGUUGUGAAUAAUGCCAUUUCCAAUACUCUGUGCAAAAACAGUCCUUGAGUCCACAGGAAGGGAUGCAUACCUUCCAUUAACACCCAACAGUUAAGCAGAAUAAAGCACUUUACUGCUUUGAAAAGAAUAGAGGAUAGAAAUCAUUUCAUGUUCAGUGUGUUUAUAAUCAGUAUUAGGCCAACGUCAUAACUUGUAAAUGGUAGAUUGUCACUUUGUUUUGAUAUUUCUGGAGAGGUACUGUCUCAAGUGUUUCUUUUUUUUAUAACAAUGUGUAACAAUGUACCAAUAUCGCUGUUUAUAUUGAUUUCAAUUUCUUAUUUGAGGUUGUACGUGUACAGUGUUUUUUCUUGUAAAUCAUGAAUAUUAAAAAGUGUGCUUUACAGAAACGUA